GCCAGUGUCAGCGUCCGUAUAAACACCUCACAACGAUGAAGGCUCGAUAUGUAAAGCGGUUGACUCGCUCGCUUCUCACCCACCUAAACUCGCCACAAUCGCACCGCUUCUUCUCGAGCACUACCACCACCAAAUCUCCUCUUCGCCACCACCAAAUCACCAUCAUUUCCACUCAACCCAUCUACUCGCCCCCCAAAUUCCUUCGAAUUGCCACAUUUGCCACCAAAAGCGAGAGCAUAUUUGAUGCUGCUGACGAACUUAGGGAGGAUGAUAAUAAACACGACGUCGCGUCGGAGAGGAAGGAGCCACUACAUGAAUUUUCUAGAAACGUAGUGGUUCUCACGUGCGAGUCGAAAGCUGAGGGUGGCAAGUGUGUGGUUUUUUUAGUUGGCACUGCUCAUGUUUCUCAGGCAUCAUGCAGGGAAGUAGAAGCUGUAAUCCGUCAUGUGAAACCACAGGUUGUAUUUCUGGAAUUGUGUGCAAGUAGAGUCGGUCUGCUUACCAUUCGGAAUUUAAAGGUACCAACAAUGAAGGAAAUGAUAGAAAAGUGGAAGAAAACACAAAAUGCGCCUCAAAUUUUUCUUAGCUGGUUCUAUGCCACCGUUGGCGAUAAGCUUGGAGUUGUUCCUGGUUCUGAGUUCCAGGUAGCAUUUGAAGAAGCAAGAAAAUGUGAGGCCAAGGUGGUACUUGGUGAUCGCCCUGCACAGAUUACUUUCAGGAGGACACAAGGUAAGUUACCUUUUUGGCAUAAAGUAAAAUUCUUGUGUGCUGUAUUUGUUCAAACAUUAUUUUCAUCAAGCUCUAAGAGUAUCGACACAAUGAUAAAAGACUUGGAUGAUGUUAAGAAGGUUACUAUUUCAACUAAAAAACUAAGCAAGCAGUACCCCACUGUAAUGGAAACCCUUGUGGACGAACGAGAUCAGUACAUGUCAUCGAUCCUGCUAAGAAUCGCUAAAGAACAUACUGCGGUCGUAGCAGUCAUCGGAAAAGGGCAUUUGCAAGGAAUUAAGAAGUAUUGGGGGCAACCUAUUGAGUUGAAGGAUCUUCUUGAACUUCCUCCUCAGAAACCACCCUUCUCAGCUCUGAAGGUUCUUGCAGUUGCUGGUGUGGCCAUUGGUUCAGCAUUUUAUCUUUCAAGCAAGAAAUAGCUAACCAGAGUUUCGAUUUGUAUCAAAUGAAUUGAGGAUCAGGAUGCUCAGUUUUUUGAGGAGAUUGUUCUGCCCAUGCUUUUAUAUAAUUCUGUAUUCUCCGAUUAACUCGUGAUUUUUGGAAAAAUUAAUGAAUACAAAGUUGGAAUA